CAUUGCAAAAGCCUUGCCUUCUUUACUCCUCCGAAAAAGUCCAGAACUCGGCAGUUUCUUUCUCUGUCUUUCCUGGAGAUUCACUUCUGCAAGUUCGAGUCUUUGGACCGAAGAGUGACAUGGGUGUCGCCGUCAGACAGGCUUCUCGGAUCAUCCUUCUUCAUCUGCUACUUCUAGUGAGCUCUCAUUGCCAUGGAUGUUGGGCUAGAUUGUUGAGUGAAAAUCGCGGGGAGAAAUUCAUGGACCACCGUUUAUCUGGAUUUUCUAAAAUUGAUGAUGAUGAUGGUCAUGUUCAUGCUCAUGCUAAUGGCAUGUCCCAUAUGGAUCAUCUCCUGAUGGACCCUCGAUCAAUGAUCUUCUUCACCUUGGAUGACCUCAAGCCAGGCAAAACAAUGCCCAUCUAUUUCCCCAAGAGAGAGCCAUCAUCGUCCCCUCACUUCUUGCCCAGAGAAGAUACUGAAUCCAUCCCGUUCUCAUCCAGAGACCUCCCUCAUCUUCUCGAUCUCUUCUCAUUCUCAAGCGACUCUCCACAAGCCAAAGCCAUGGAGGACACCUUGAAGCACUGCGAGACGAAACCCAUCGAGGGAGAGACCAAAUCAUGUGCCACCUCAUUGGAGUCCAUGCUCGACUUCGUGCACGGCAUCUUGGGAGGCAAAUCCCCCCGUUUCCGGGCCAUUUCCACUAGCCACUUGAUCGAAUCGAGCACCCGCUUCCAGAACUACACUAUCCUAGAAGCGCCUAGGGGCGUGCCGGCCUCGAAGAUGGUGGCGUGCCACACCCUGCCUUAUCCUUACGCGGUCUUCUAUUGCCACAGCCAGGAGAGUGAGAACAAGGUGUUUGAGGUUGUCCUAGGGGGCGAGAAUGGGGACAGGGUAAAAGCCGUCGCGGUCUGCCACUUGGACACGUCGCAGUGGAACCGUGACCACCCAUCCUUCCGUGUGCUCGGAGUCGAGCCGGGGACCGUGCCGGUCUGCCAUUUCUUUCCCGCAGAUAACCUUGUCUGGGUUCCGAUUGCGCCAACUCCGAGCAUGAUGUGAUUGUGUCUGGGAAAUCUAAUUCUAGAUCAUUAGGCAUGUCAUUUCGCAUCUUCUUCUUCUUGAACUGUCUGGAAUGUGUGUGCUCUGCACAGUAUAGCUUAUUAAUAAAGAACCCUUCAUCCUA